AUGGAAUUCAUACGGCAGCUCAUGGGCUUGUCGAUAUUCGAUGAGGUGAAGCGGAUGAACAAACGGCAGGUUAUCUACCAAGUGCUGAAUUGCGCGAUGAUCGUCGGAUCGGCCCUGAUGAUCUGGAAGGGUUUGAUCGCGAUUACCGGCUCCGAAAGUCCUGUGGUGGUGGUGCUCAGCGGUAGCAUGGAGCCGGCAUUUCAUCGCGGCGAUCUGCUGUUGCUGACCAACUACGAAUCUCAGCCGAUUCGCGCCGGCGACAUUGCAGUAUUCAAUAUCGAAGGUCGCGACAUACCGAUCGUCCAUCGCGUUGUAAAGGUACACGAGAAAGAGAACGGCACAGUACGAUUCUUGACCAAGGGCGAUAACAAUGCUGUUGACGACCGAGGCCUGUACGCACCAGGACAGUACUGGCUAGAACGCAAGGACGUGGUUGGCCGGGCACGUGGGUUUCUGCCCUACGUAGGAAUGGUCACCAUCCUGCUGAACGAUUACCCAAAAUUGAAGGUUAUCAUAUUAGUGACUUUAGGUUCGCUGGUUCUGCUGCGUCGAGAGUGA